CUACUUAUUCUGCCUGACGCAAGCAAACCGUAACCUAGUUCUUUUUCUUAUUUCCAACCCGUCAUCAUCUCCCUCCUCCCUCUUCUUCCUUUUUCCCUCAACCACAACCUUUCGACUAUUUAGCUGCCUGAAACCAACAGUCAUCGCGACACUUGAAUCCAACACACUUACCGCCUCCACAACAACCAUCACCGUCAACAUGCGCAGCAAAUUCAAGGACGAGCACCCCUUCGAGAAGCGCAAGGCUGAGGCCGAGCGCAUUCGUCAGAAAUACGCUGAUCGUAUUCCCGUUAUCUGCGAGAAGGUCGAGAAGAGUGAUAUUGCCACCAUCGACAAGAAGAAGUACCUCGUCCCUGCCGACCUGACCGUCGGCCAGUUCGUUUACGUCAUCCGCAAGCGAAUUAAGCUGUCUCCCGAGAAGGCCAUCUUCAUCUUCGUUGACGAGGUUCUACCCCCGACAGCUGCCCUGAUGAGCAGCAUUUAUGAGGAGCACAAGGAUGAGGACGGCUUCCUCUACAUCACUUACUCCGGCGAGAACACUUUUGGCGAAGCGUAAGGCCGGUGAUGCAGGAUCGGUUCUAUCUUCUAAGUCGGAAAUGAAGAAGGCGUUACGGUCGUAUUUUUGGGUGAACGUUUUUUGAUGGUUACUUGUUAUAUUCUUAUCAACUUUCUAUGUCCAGACACCGGACUCGAAUAGAGUGUUCACAGCUCCUUAUGGUCACAAUAUACGUUGGCGUUGUCACAUAGGGCAGCGGAGACAAAUUGUAAC